GCAGUUCGUCAAACAAUUUGACAAUUCGUUGUUGCCCGUGAUAAUUCAUAACACAACAGUAAUAAACCGCAAUUCCCCAAAUUUUAAUGACAAUUAUUCAAAAGAACGUAAAAUAAAAUUAAAUCCCAAUUUAUUUUUCCAAACUAAUUAAAUUCAAAGGCAAUAACUAGUGUUGAGGGAGGAGAGGAGAUAAAAUAAACAACUGUUAAAUUAAUGAUUUCGUAAUAGUGACAUUUCAUCCAGUGAAACUCAUGUUUUCGUCUGUAAUCUUCAUGUUAGAGCCAAUGAACAACGAAAUGACAUGACGCCUGGGGGAUUUCCCGGAGAAAUGCACGGUGACCUCCGGGUGCAGAAAGAAACUCACCCCCAACCCGGAGACCGAGAGACCUCCGACUGAAUAAAAAGAAAAAAAAACACCGGAAAAGUAUUCGAAUAGAGGGAUAAAAGUCAACCCAGCGGAAUAUUUCACGUUGAACAGUAGACGAAGUUAAGAACACGAGGGGGAGAGAAAAAAAUAGUGGAGAGGAAAACCGUGUGUGGAAAAGGAGUGGCCCCGAGCGGCCGUAAAAUCAACAGGUCUGUGUGUGUACGCUCCGUGAAAAGGCGCUGGGCGAAGUUUUAAUACUGCCGCCACCCUCUGCCCCUCGACGGCAUACGCAAGAGAAAGGAGACAGCGAGUAGAUUGCAAAAAGGGAAUUCCGCCCGAGAAACGAAUUUUCAAAGGAAUUAAUCCAGUGGAGGAAAAAAAAAGAGGAGGAAAUAUCGGUUAAUUCUCUGCUGGACCUCGGCACGGGGCGAUAUAGCCACGAAAUAUCGGAGGAUUGGACGCGGAGGAGGAUGUAGAGAAGUAAAGUGAGAGAUUGUAAAGCCAGAACGAUGCUAGCUUGCGUUUAUCCGGCGGAGAGCUUCAGGACGAAAGCCGUUACGGUGAAGCUGAAGCACGGUGGAAGGUCCAAGAAGAAAACAAAGUUGCUGUCGGUGAAGGAGAGACCCGGCAUCGCCAAGCCCGAUGUUCCUGUGACUCCUUUGACGAACAAUGAGUUACCAGUGGGCGGGGGUGGGGCCGUGCUGGUGCUCAGCGAACUCGAGAGCAUGGCAGCUAGGCAACAGCGAGAGAUUGCUCAGCAGAGACGUCUCCUUGAACAACGAGAAGCCCGGCUGGCCGUGCUUCGAGGCGCCCAGGAACCAGCACAGCAGGAAAGACUCGCCAGACUGCGUCAUCGGCUUGAUCAACAGCAGAGCAAGCUCAACAGGCUGAGAUUGCUCAGGUCACAGACUGAUCAAUCAAGAGCCAACAAUGCUACUCUGACUUCAGACCUGGACUGUAUAAGGGCCCUAUUCAAUGAAAAGGAGAAGGAACUCUCGCUGGCCGUGGCUAAGGUUGAAGAGCUGACGCGACAGCUCGAGGAGCUACGCGGCCGACACAAUGCUAAUGGUGGUGGUGGACAAGUACCAUCGGCAGCUAGUGCUGAACUUGAAAAAUUACGCAGGGAGCUGAUGUACCGAAAUAAAAUGAAUGAGCAGCAGAACCAGGUGGUAUCCCAACAACGGCUUGUGCUGGCACAACGACAAGCGGAAAUGGCAUCGAUUGACGCAAGGAUAGCCCAGCUGCAGGGAAGAUUACAGCGUAAACGAGCGCUGAAUCAGCGUCUACUCAGUCAGCAGUUGAACAAUCGCCAGUCUGGAACAACAAAUACCCCUGGAUUUGAGCCGACAACUAAGCAGCAGGACUUUACGAGUGCCCCAAAACUACGUCCAGCGGGUAAUGUCGCUGCUAUUGAGCCAUACAGUCACAUACCAAAUGACAGUGACUUCAAUUUGAACAAAAAUGAUCCGAAAUACCAGACACUACCGUACAAUACUAAAUUCACGGUAAAUCUCAAGCCCAUUGAGGACGAUGUUAAUAAGAAUAAUAUACAGCAUAGUCAGAGUGCAUCGCAGAUUGGACAGAGAUCGACGUUGCAGCAGUUGGGACAUCAAAUUGCACACAGCCAGUCUCAAUCACAUAUUCAAGGUCAAUCGCAACUGCUAGGACCAAGCCAGCCGCCGCAGUCUCCACAGCAGCCGCAGCAAAACAGUCCCCAGUACCCCACCUCCAACUUCCUCAUAAACUCUUCCAACAACAACAAUAACAACAACAACAACAAUAACAACAAUGCAGCCCCAACCUCGACCCCCUCGAACUUCCUCCAAGAGUCUCAGCCCCAGUUGACGAGGCACCAGACCCCCUCCAGCGUUCCCCAAAAGUCCCAACAGAGUACAACAAAUUCCCCGUCGAGCCAGGCCCCCCCAGACACCCGACAGUCCAUGACACAAGCCCACAAUCAUCGAAACCUCCAGAGCCACCAGAAGCCCGUCUCCUCCGUAGCCCCGAGUUUUCCAGUGAAAUCGCCAAUUUAUCAGACAUCAUCGAUAAAAAUCAAUCCAGUGAUGCCCCAGACACUGAGUUUAAUAGGCAGGGGUCACUCGGGCCCCCAGGGCUACAGCGACCGUUCCAACCAGCAAAACUCGAGUCCCCAGGGCCAACAGCAGUCUGGCGCAACGACAAACGACAACUAUCCCCCGAGGCACCAGGGCUACCAGGGACAAUUCAAUCAAAUCAAUCAGGGAUACAAAAAUUCAAAUUUCUCACAGCCACAGAACUCAAUUAAUGCCAAUUAUCCGGGUUACGCUGCGGGUAGUUACAAUCAGAUACAAAAUACAGACUGUCAGAACGAGAGGGUGAAGGGCGAUAAGUUCGAGGUAAAACACGAUAAUCAGAGAUUCGAGGUGCCCACCAAAUUGGAGGCGAAUCACAAGUUUGAGCAUGGAGGAUUGGCGGGGACGCAUCAGUAUGGCAAGCAUGAUCAUACGGGAUUGGGAAUGGUGAAGGGAGAUAAGGUGGACAGUUUGGGACAGAAGUAUGAGGGCAAUCAGGGUAAACACGAUCACGGGGUUAAGCUCGAGCCGCCGGUUAAGGGGGAGGGGGGCAAGGGGUUCGAGGGGGAGAGAAAGGGGAACUUUGGGGAGGGUAAGGAGGACAAGAUGAAGCCGGCGUUGCCGCCGAAACCUGUCAAACCGAAUCCACCACCGAGGCUGAACAACCAGGAUAAGGGGGAUGGCGGGGGAGAGACUGCGGGAGAUGCGAAAACCACAGUCGCCAGGCCUGAGAAGGAAGAGGAAGUGCCACCGAUUCCCACGAGCGAGCCUCCAGACUCGCCCAACGAAGCCCCAGUGACUGGUCACCAGAUAAUAAAAGCCCGCCCAUUGACCUUGAAGAAGGCCCUCCUGUCGGAGCAGCCCCGACUCCGAUAUGCCAAAUCAAAUGUUCACGUAUCGAUAAAUCGUAGAAUUGAGAUGCCCCCGGCAUUUCUAUUCCCAGAGACUGAAAUACCCGCUGAUCUUAUGCAAACUGAUCAACAACAAAAUACCCCAGAUGUAACGGAUCACAUAAGUCUUAAGCAGAUUAAUCACAGCCCUGAGGACACCAAUUGCAACGAGAAAUUGGAGGAUUCGGAUAUUGUUGAUGCACUCAAUGUCAUUAAUAUUGAGGAUAAACUGAAGAAGGAGGUCAAGUGCGAAGUGGAUACUGAGGGCAAGGGGAGUGAGGUGAUAAGGAGGAAAAAGGGCAAUUUGAAAUCCACAACGGGUAAGGCGAAUUUGUCGAGGCGGGUCUCCUUUGACCCACUCGCUUUGCUACUGGAUGCCAGUCUUGAGGGCGAACUUGAGCUCGUCAAGAAGACGGCCAAGGAGGUUGCCAAUCCUAGCUCAGCCAAUGACGAGGGAAUCACUGCACUGCACAAUGCCAUUUGUGCGGGACAUCUGGAGAUUGUCAAGUUCCUGGUGGAGUUCGGGUGCGAUGUCAAUGCCCAGGACAGCGAUGGAUGGACACCUCUGCAUUGUGCAGCGAGCUGCAAUAAUCUCGCUAUGGUGAGAUUUCUCGUGGAACAUGGAGCAUGCAUAUUCGCAACAACACUCUCCGAUCAUGAAACAGCGGCGGAGAAGUGCGAAGAGGAUGAGGAGGGAUUUGAUGGAUGCUCCGAGUACUUGUACAGUGUUCAGGAAAAGCUGGGCAUUAUGAAUAAUGGACAGGUGUUUGCAGUGUUCGAUUAUGACGCACAACAUAAUGACGAGCUGUCAAUGAAGAAUGGCGAUCAACUGGUUAUUCUGCGAAAGGGAGAUGACAAUGAACGAGAGUGGUGGUGGAGCAAGCUUGGGCACAGAGAGGGAUAUGUUCCGAGGAAUUUGUUAGGGCUGUAUCCAAGAGUACAACCAUCGAAGACAGAGUAGAAGCUGACAUAUCUGCAAGAGAUUGUUCUUUUUUCAUAAUAAACAAAGAAGAAAGAAAUUAAAAUGAAAAUGAGAACUUUUAUCACCACAGUAUUCAAUUUGCAGCUUUAUCUUAUUAGGUAUUCGUAAUAGGGUAUUUUUAAUGUUACAGAAAUAUUAUAUUAUUUAAAUCGUGCGUUAAAGCCGAAGUCAAAAUCCUGCAAUGUCAUUUUUUUUUAGAUGAAAAUGUAUUCUCUAUUUUAAUCUUCUUUCAAUCGACCGAUCAAAUUUAUUGAUACGCAUUUAUCACCUCUGCGGUACUUAAAUGUUUAUUGAAAAAUGAAAUUAUGUGAAGAAAUUGAUCUUUUUAGACAAUCGCUCAAUUUGUUUCACCUAAAUGGUUUAUGUUUAGAUGAAUUCAAAUUGUUAUUAUUUUUUAAUAAUUUUUAAUCCUCAAUUAUAUAUAUAUAUAUUUUUUUUGUUAAUCUCGAAUUUUUCUCAAUCCGAUGGAGAUCAAGUGCAGAGAGUUAUUCGGAUUUGGAAAAUAUUCAAUUCUCAUGAAUCUGUUUUCCAAGCUUGCCAAUAGAUAUUAUAAAUAUUGUAAAAUUUCAAGUUUUAAUUUUAGUCAGAUCGAUCGUCAAUGGUUUUAUCAGCAUUCAAGAAGGGAUAGAGCAAAUGAUAGAGAUAGAUGAAAUUCUAACGAUCGAUCAAACCGACUGUUUUUAAUUAAUGAAGGAUAAAAAACAAUAUGAGGCUCGAUCAAACGGCGUUUUAUGCCACUUUCAUUUUUAAUGUAGCUGUUAGGUUUCGAGAAUGUGCACAGAGCGCUGCCUCGCCAAAAAAUGUCGAAGGAAUUAUUAUUGAAUGGAUAUGAAUUGUCCCAAGAAUAUUAAAAAAUGUGUGCCUUUAAACGUAAUAAUGACUUUAUGUAAGAUUGCACGGUAUAUUGAAAAUAAUAAAUUGUUUUUUUGAUA